AUGUAUCUUGACCAGGACCAGCCUUCUGGUUUAUCAAAACGGCUGACACCCGGGCUAGGGGUUGGACCCGAGGUUGUAUGGCGAAGCAAUCCCACCCAUCGGCUUGAGGUUGGGCAGGUGGUGUCAUGGCGAAUCAACCUUCCCAGCGGGAGAUGGGACCGGCCCGCAGGGGGAAAGAAGGUCCGGGUGCGAUCGAUUGGAACCACAACCGACAAUAAGGGGGUUAUGCCUCCGUCGGGAGUCGGGAGACUUAAGACUGUCUCAUCAAUGACACAGACUUCAAUCCAAGAUUGGUGGGCCAUACUACAGGGGGAGCCCACCAGGAGAUUGAAUCCUCAUGUGGUGGUUGAAUCAAUGACCUUUACUAGCUCGACAAGCAGGGCAGAGUUGGAAAGGGUUGUGUAUACCACACAGCCUGCUACAGCUGAAAGGGGGGCAAGUGGAACGAUCACUGACACUGCUGGGGAUAUUGAAGGCGGAGUAGUGCCAGUAACCGACUCCAUAGAAGGUACCCAGGGCGAUAUGGAGCGGGAAGAGAUGGUCAGUUCCGGCAGCCCCCCAGCUAUCAGGCCCCAGGAGGAGUCCGGCUCCAUGGACGAAGCCCAGGGCCCCAACCAGACGGUGGAGAUCUGGCUGCCCGGUCCGGGUCCGGGGUGUCCGUUGUGUGGUGUGCCAAUAGGUACAAUGGGGGCGAUGGGGAAGCAUUUUGCCAUCAAACAUGCCUCGGUGCCGGCCGUGUACAAGUGCCGAAAGUGCGGUAGGACCAACACUAACAGUCACUCAAUCUCUUGCCACGUGCCCAAGUGCCAGGGGCGUGGAGAGAGGGGGACGACUGAGGGAGAGUUUGUCUGUGGACUCUGCCAAGUGGGAUUCAAGACCCAGGUUGGUUGUACGCAGCACCGGAGGCGUGCCCAUGCAGCGGAACACAACAGGGAGAAGAUCGAAAAAGCCAGUGAACCGAGGGGAAGGGUCAGGGGGACUAAGCUAUGGAGGCCGGACGAGAUGAGGGUGCUGAUACAAUUGGCCCGGACGUACAAAGAUGAUCCGGGCAGGUACAAGCGUAUAGCAGAGGCGCUUGAUACCGGGAAGACAGCUGAGCAGGUGAGGAGUAAAUGUAGAUUGCUGCAAGAUGAGAUAGCACGCCAUGACCUAGAUGAGGAAGGGAGCCUGAGAAGGGGAGAUUUGGAGGCUCUAAAGGAACCGUUCAUCCCACAGCCUCCCCCUACCUUGGCUGUUUUUAAGCUAACGGAAGCGCUCGAAGAAGGGGGGGGAUCAGAAGGUGGGAAUGAGGUCAGGGUCAUGGCGGAGCUGGCAAGAGAUGUAGAUCAGGAUCCUGGCCUGAUUGAAUCUACAGCAUCAGAAAUCAUUGGGCGGCUGGGAAAAGAGGGUGGAAGGUCAGUAGACAUGAAUCAGAGGAGCGAACACCGAGCAAGGAGAGGAUGGGAGAGGCGGCUCUCAUGUAAGAGGAAAGACUAUCGGGUCCACCAGCAGCUACUGGCCAGAGAUCCCUCCAGGCUGGCGGCCAUGGUGCUCGAUGGUGAGGAAAGUGUGGAAUGUGACCUCCCAGUCGGAAUCGUGUAUGAAGGGCUGAGGGAGAGAUGGGAGGCGGAACGGACAUUUCAAGGGCUCGGUGGAUUCAGGUCGAGGGGUGAGACUGACAAGUCGUACUUCCAUGCUCCGAUCCUGGCCGCCGAAGUGAAAGAAAAUCUUGCCGGUUUAAAGAAUGGUUCAGCCCCGGGCCCAGACAGGAUCAGCAAGCAGGCUCUGCUGGACUGGGAUCCGGAGGGAGAACAACUCGGACGGCUGUUCACCAUGUGGAUGAUCCACGGGGUCAUACCCAGGGCUUUGAAAGAGUGCAGAACCAAACUGCUACCAAAGUCAAGGGAUGCCGAGGAGCUGAAGGACGUCAGCGGGUGGCGUCCUGUGACUAUCGGGUCCCUGAUUUUGCGGUUUUCUAGGAUUCUAACGAGGAGGCUAGCUAGAGCCUGUCCCCUGAAUCCUAGGCAGAGGGGUUUUCUGUUAUCCUCGGGAGGUUGCUCUGACAAUCUGAUGAUCCUACAGGGGAUCAUGGGGUAUGCGAGGAGAAGCGGAGCCCCACUAGCGGUGGUGUUUGUUGACUUUGCCAAGGCCUUUGACUCCAUCUCCCAUGAGCAUAUCCUGUGUGCUCUGGAACAGAGACGUGUGGACAACCUCAUGAUUGAGUUGAUACGAAACUCAUAUGUGGACUGCGUCACGAGCGUGGACUGCGUCACAAGGGUCGGUACAAGCGGAUCCACUACCCCGCCUAUUGACAUGAAGGUUGGAGUGAAGCAGGGUGACCCGAUGUCCCCAUUGCUAUUCAACCUGGCUAUGGACCCCCUGAUCCAGGCCUUGGAAGAGUGCGGAACUGGCUUCGGUUGGGAUGGCCAUACCAUCGUCACACUGGCGUUCGCAGAUGAUUUGGUGCUGUUGAGCGACUCGGUAAGGGGGAUGGGGAGGAAUCUGAAGGUCCUGGAACUGUUUUGCCAGCUAACUGGACUGAGCAUUCAGCCCAGGAAGUGUCACGGGUUUUUCAUCAACAAGGGCGUGACCAACGGGCUUCUCUACUCACGUAACCGAGACGGGGGGCUGGGCAUAGUGAGAUUGGAGAGGCUUGUCCCGUCGAUACAAGGGAGGCAAAUCUAUCAAUUGUCCAGGUCUACGGACCAAUGGACUAGACUGGUAACAGCUAGGACAAUCUCCCUGACUGAAUGGCAAAAGAGGUGGGCAAUGGCUGGCGGGGAUCCCGAGGAAGCUCCCAGUUUGGAAGCAGAGAAUGAUCUCGACGCCCGCAGGAGUCCUCCAGGAUUGGGUGACUGGAGGGGAGAUGAAGUCAUGGUUUGGGCGGCACUGCCAGUCCAGGGUGUGGGCGUGGAUCAGUUCCAAGGCGACAAGCUGAGCAAUUCGUGGUUGAAGGACCCCACGCAGGUGGGGUUCAGGGAACGGCACUAUAUUGCGGGUCUGGCGCUGAGGGCGGGUACAUACCCCACCAGGGAGUUCCUUUCGAGGGGGCGGACCAAGGAAGGAGGAUGGAGUCUUGUUUGAUUGGGACAGUGCCCGGGGGUGCAGGGUAGCAGGAUUCGGCGGCAUAACAAGAUGUGCGACCUCCUGGCCAUCGAGGCAGAGCGCGCCGGAUGGAGUGUGAGCCGGGAAUUCCGCUUGAAUAUACCUGAGGGCGACCUCAGGAUUCCGGACCUGGUUUGCACGAAAGAAGGUAGAGCUCUAGUGCUCGAUGUGACCGUGAGAUAUGAGUAUGCACCAGACACACUGCAGGCGGCUGCAGCGGAGAAAAUUGCCUACUAUAAGCCUUUCACGUCUCAGGUGGGGAGACUGGUUGGAGCAAGCCGAGUGAAGGUCAUGGGUUUCCCGGUAGGGGCGAGGGGAAAGUGGCCUUCUUGCAAUAACCAGGUCCUGGCUGAACUGGGAGUGGCAGUAGGCCGGAGGGCGCAGUUUGCUAGGCUGGUGAGCCGGAGAGCUCUCUUGUACUCCUUGGAUGUACUAAGGGACUUUCUGAGUGAGUCAGUCUAG